CAGAGGAACAGAGGAACAGUAGGAACAGAGGAACAGAGGAACAGAGGAACAGUAGGAACAGUAGGAACAGAGGAACAGUAGGAACAGUAGGAACAGUAGGAACAGAGGAACAGUAGGAACAGAGGAACAGAGGAACAGAGGAACAGUAGGAACAGAGGAACAGAGGAACAGAGGAACAGUAGGAACAGUAGGAACAGUAGGAACAGUAGGAACAGUAGGAACGGAGGAACAGUAUGAACAGUAGGAAUAGUAGGAACAGUAGGAACAGUAGGAACAGAGGAACAGAGGAACAGAGGAACAGUGGAAACAGAGGAACAGUAGGAACAUGGGAACAGAGGAACAGUAGGAACAUAGGAACAGUAGGAACAGAGGAUCAGAGGAACAGUUGGAACAGAGGAACAGAGCAACAGUAGGAACAGAGGAACAGUCGGAACAGAGGAACAGUAGGAACAGAGGAAAAGUAGGAACAGUAGGAACAGAGGAACAGAGGAACAGUGGAAACAGAGGAACAGUAGGAACAGUAGGAACAGAGGAACAGUAGGAACAGAGGAACAGAGGAACAGAGGAACAGUAGGAUCAGAGGAACAGUAG